AUGUUGCGGCGGCGGCGGCCGGGAAGGCCCAAACCUCCUCGUCGGCGCGCGCCCCGGGCGGCGCCGGGCCCCCGGGGGCGGGGCAGGCGCGGGCGAGGCGGGGCCGGCCGGUUAAGUACCCAGGCCCGUCCCCCCUGCGGCGGGAGCUCGCCCCGGAGCCGGCCGCGGGGGAGCCCUGCGCGCGUCCCCGGAGCAGCCGAGCGCGGCUGCGGUCACGCGCCCGCCCCGCGUGUGUCCCGCGGAGCCCGCGACAGCUGCCGGCCGGGGGCGCCCCCGCGGGGCUGCAGGCUGCUCGGCCGCCAGGCCCUCCCAGCCCGGCCUCCUCCGAGAGGCGCCCUGCUCCCGCCGCCGGGCCCCGAGCUCGGCCGUCCCCGCGGCAGCGCCCGCCCCCAGUGCCCGGCUCCGAGCGCCCCCCGCUACCCUCAGACGCCCGCCCCCCCCGCGACCCCUCCACGUCCCCCCCAGUGCCCCGCUCCGAGCGCACCCCGCUCCCCCCCAGGUCCCCGGCCCGCCCCACCAGUCCCCGGCUCCGAGUGCACCCCGCCCGCCCCCACCAGGCGCCCGCGCCCCCUCCCAAACACGGCCCCCGGCAACCUCCAGGCGCCAGGCCCUGCCCAGUCCCCCGCGCCCUUCCACAGGCGCCCUGCUCCCCAGGCUCCAGGCCCCCCUCCUGGCGCAGGGCCCCGUGCCCCCCCACCCCCAGUGCUCAGCUCCGGGUGCACCCCGCUCCCCCUGGCGCCCAGCCCCCCGUCCCCCCCAGUGCCCAGCUCGGAGCGCACCCCGCUCCCCCUGGCGCCCAGCCCCCCGUCCCCCCCAGUGCCCAGCUCGGAGCGCACCCCGCUCCCCCUGGCGCCCAGCCCCCCGCCCCCCCCAGUGCCCAGCUCGGAGCGCACCCCGCGCCCCCUGGUGCCUAGCCCCGCGCCCCCCCCCCCAGUGCCCAGCUCGGAGCGCACCCCGCUCCCCCUGGCGCCCAGCCCCCCGUCCCCCCCAGUGCCCAGCUCGGAGCGCACCCCGCUCCCCCUGGUGCCUAGCCCCGCGCCCCCCCCCCCCCAGUGCCCAGCUCGGAGCGCACCCCGCUCCCCCUGGUGCCUAGCCCCGCGCCCCCCCCCCCCAGUGCCCAGCUCGGAGCGCACCCCGCUCCCCCUGGCGCCCAGCCCCCCGCCCCCGCCAGUGCCCAGGUCGGAGCGCACCCCGCUCCCCCUGGUGCCCAGCCCCGCGCCCCCCCCCAGUGCCCAGCUCGGAGCGCACCCCGCUCCCCCUGGCGCCCAGCCCCCCGCCCCCCCCCAGUGCCCAGCUCGGAGCGCACCCCGCUCCCCCUGGCGCCCAGCCCCCCGCCCCCCCCCAGUGCCCAGCUCGGAGCGCACCCCGCUCCCCCUGGCGCCCAGCCCCCCGCCCCCCCCCAAAAUACCCAGCGCGAGUGAAGACCCAGAUGGAAAGCCGGUGGCGAGACUGCUGGUAGGCACGGAGCGAGCUGCUUCCUCGGGUCCUCGGGUCCUCGCGCUGCACGGGUGUCCCCCUCAGGGACCGCCUCGCCGCUCUAGGCGACCUUAG